UUCCUCAGAGAGAGAGAAAGACAGAGAGAGAGAGAGAGAGAGAGAGAGACUGUUGGCACAUUGAGCUCCAGAGUAAAGGCUGAUCAUGACAGGUUUCUGAUGCACGGCCUGGACCACCGGACAAACUGCACCGCCCGGAUCCGACGGUAAAGCCUGCGGUAAUCGCGGGAAGGAAGGACGGACAGACGGCGGUAACAGAGGGCUGUAAGACCCAGCAGGGGUGGAGGAGUUAAGGCGACAGAGAAAGCCAGAGUGAGAGCGAGAAGACCAUGCGAGAAUACAAAGUGGUCGUGCUCGGCUCCGGCGGCGUGGGCAAAUCCGCCCUGACCGUCCAGUUCGUCACGGGCUCCUUCAUCGAGAAGUACGACCCGACGAUAGAGGACUUCUACCGCAAGGAGAUCGAGGUGGACUCGUCACCGUCAGUGCUCGAGAUCCUGGACACGGCCGGCACAGAGCAGUUCGCCUCCAUGCGAGACUUGUACAUCAAGAACGGCCAGGGUUUCAUCCUGGUCUACAGCCUGGUCAACCAGCAGAGCUUCCAGGACAUCAAGCCCAUGCGAGACCAGAUCAUAAGGGUCAAGCGCUACGAGCGGGUUCCCAUGAUCCUCGUAGGUAACAAGGUGGAUCUGGAGGGUGAGCGGGAGGUGUCCUCAGGAGAGGGCAAAGCGCUGGCUGAUGAGUGGAACUGCCCCUUCAUGGAGACCUCGGCCAAAAAUAAAGGCUCAGUGGACGAGCUGUUCGCGGAGAUCGUGCGCCAGAUGAACUACGCCGCGACGCCCAACGGGGACGAGCAGUGCUGCUCUUCCUGUGUCAUUCUCUAAGCGCUCGGAUUCGGCUGCUUCUUCAUGUCGCUUUGGUUUUGUUUUGUUUUUGUUUCCCCCCCAUUUUGCAGUCGCAGCCACGAGCGCGCGAUCAAUAACGUGACUCCGUGAGACUCCAUUAAAAACGGGAAGUUUGAGCAAAAACAAAAAGGCGAGAAAAAAAAAAAACAUGUAUCUCUCUAAAGAAUCCUGGUUUCUGGUGUUAAAUGUCAUCAGUAUUUAAAAGAAAGUCCUAUGUUGUCUUGCACAUGCGCAGUACGAGCACGAGAGAGAAGGGAAAAGGUGCAUCAGUGUUUACAAUGACACAAUACUUGAAUGUUCUGGGACUGACACAAAACAACCCAGGUGUUUUUUUUUUUUGUUUUUUUUAACUUUGUCUACCUGGUGCCUAGCUUAUGUGGGGUUUUUAGUUGCAAAACUUUUUUUUGGGUUGUUUGGCAGGAUAUAAUAACUGUAUCCGUCUUUUGGCCUGCUUUUGCAGUAUCACUUCCGGUUUUUGGAGAUGCGGAUCACACUUAUUGGUAACUAGUAGCAUCUGGUAACUAUGGAAACUAAACGACGUCUUCGAGCCGGAAGUAGUUUUUUUGUUUGUUGUUUUUGUUUUUGUUUUUUUUUCCUUUUAAUAAUGUGAUGUCCGGGGUCUCGCGAGGAUAAUAAUAAAUAAACACGAACUUCACUUUAGGAUCAACUUUAGGAAGCCAAAUGGCGUAAUAAAAGGAUUACGUUUUGUUGCACGCGACGACUCGAAGGAUCUGCAAAAAACACACACUUGGGAUUCUUUCCGUGUUGUAUUUUAUUUAAAAACAAAACAAAAAAAUAAAACGAAAGGAAAGAAGAGUCGACGGAAGUUGUGACAAUUCCGAAACCACGCCACAGCGACUUUUGUUGUUGUUGUUUUUGUUGUUUUUUUUUUUUCUUUAACUCAGCGUGCGCGAGGACCUUACUGUGGUGACGUAAGGACGUCGUGAUGACGCCGUGCGUCGAGUGCCUUCCAUUUUUAGUGCCAACCUGAGAAGGUCUGAGGAAGUUUUAUGGCAAAGUACUUAAACUGUUUCACUUACAAAACAAAAACACACACAAGGUGGUUAUGAAAAGUGUUUGUAACGCCUCAUGUCAAAGGAGUCACGUUCUUUUGACUCACAAUUUGGCCUUUAGUUAUGUUAUGUUGUUUUUAUUUUAUUGUUAUUAUUAUUUUUGUUUACUGCCCCUUUCCUUAAAGCUGGUCUAUUUUUGGCCAAAUAGGGUUUAAAUCUCACAGGUACUGGAGCUGUCUGAGCUCCGACUCACAACCAUCAUCAACUUCCUCUAGACCAGCUUUGUUUUGUUUUGGUUCAUUCUUUUAUUUUCAUUUUUUAACACAAAAAUGUGAUGUAUCAUUUGAAAUUCUAAUCCGAUUGUACGGUUGAAUGCAGGUCGGCUUUUUAACAGCUGUUCUGAAUGUUUAAAAAGACUUUUAAUACAAAUUGCAUUUUUAAAAAAUAUACCUAGCGUUUACGUUCCUUUAUCGUUGUACGUUCACGACUCGUCUCUCGUCUCAGCGGAGAUCUGGUUUUUAAAAGAUAUGACACAUAAACACCGCUUUGUGCCAUCGAAGAACAGGAAGUGUGACGAAACCAAAGCAGAACCUGAAUAUAUCUCCCUUUUUCCAUUGAAUACGUUUGCAUCCCUGUACGUUUUCAGAUCUCUCAUGAUGAAAACUGGUUUUAAAACGUAUUUGACGCUCGGCUGAUCGAUCCAGAUGGUCGUGAUAUGUAAUGGUUUAUUAUAACGUGGUUAGUUCUGGAUAGAAAUGAAAGCUGCCCGAGUAAUGCUGUCUGUCUCGGUCUAUUAGCCACUUUAAAGAAGUGAGGUGUAAUCAUGGCACUAAGUAGCAUGCUCUGAUUGACAGGUCUGCUCUCCAGGGGGAACGAGCCUGUCUAAUGCACUUUGAUGCAAUUGUAAACAAGGAGUAAUGUAGUGUAGUGCGGUGCUCGUGAAGACACUUUGCCACACAUGCCUGAGGUCAUGGAGGAGCAGGCGUGUCAUGUGACCUCUAAAUGCUCUCAGCCAAAGAGCAGGAGUCGCAUUCCACAGCCGAGGGCGUGUGGUGGAGUAGAAAUUGUAUCUGGCUGUGAGAACUGUCUUAAGCUGGUUUUUCACACAGCAGACACAUAUUACAUAUAUCAUUCUUUUUGGCGAUGACAUGUUACCCAUAUUGAAGAUCCACUAACAAUGAAGACAGACCUGAAGUUCUGUUAAAGUCCCGCUAACUCUCCGUGAGAUUCUCUACAAUCUAAUCUAACAAUCCGAUCUUUUGAAUCCAAGUUUCGUUUAAGUUCCCUGAUUUUCACAAUAUACAGUACUCUUGUUCUUUUUGUGGCUUUUAGGGCUUUCAGACAAGCGUCAUGAAUUCAGAAAUGUCUCUCAUGCUCAAAGAUCUUUUCUUAGCACUUUGCGGUAUGUAGAACAGUUAUAGAAGAGAAAUGAUGUAUAAUCUCAAUCUGAUGUGUCCUAGAUUGAUGUCGAUUCCCUUUUGAGUCAGGUUUCUUCCUCGUGUCGUCUCGGGGAGUUUUUCUUCACCACCGUCAACUCUGACAUCUGGAUUUCUAGAAAAAGUUAUGUGAUUUUAUCGAUUAUUAAACUUGCUCUCAAACAGCUUUUAGAUUUUAAUAGUAAUGUAAAAAAAAAAAAUUUUUUGUUACUUGUAGAAAGUUCCAGAACAGUCAUCAGUCGUGUUUGGUCAUAACGGCUGACUGUGUGCUGUAUGUUACGCGUUAUCAAACCUCUAUCUCGCUCACGAGUAAUGAAUACUUUCACAAUGUCUGAUUCUCAUCUGUGAAACUAAAUCUAGGCUGAAAAAUCCUGCUGUUUAAACCCAGCUUUACCCUC